CCAUAUGCUGAUUUUGACAUCACUUCCGUAUCAGUAAAAGGCUGAGAGUGAGAAAGUAUCCAAUUUGGAAGUUGAAAAUAGUGCACUGUGUUUCCAUUACAGAAGUGGGUGUUCUUGAUUAAUGUGAUCAUUUUUGGUUACAGUAAUAAUGAAUAAGAAGUGUGCGAAGUGUGAGAAGACGGUGUACCCGACGGAGGAGUUAAAAUGCUUAGACAAGUUUUGGCACAAACCAUGUUUCAAGUGCGAUGUCUGCAAUAUGACCUUGAACAUGAAAAAUUACAAAGGCUACAACAAGAUACCGUACUGCAAUGUUCACUACCCGACCACCUCCUUCACUGCUGUAGCCGACACACCAGAAAACCAGAGGAUAAAACAGAAUACCAAAGUACAGAGUAAUGUUCAGUAUCACAGUGACUUCGAGAAACAGAAAGGAGCAUACACACAAGUAGUGGACACUCCCGACAUGAUUCGACACCAGCAGAACACCAAAAAUAUCAGUCUGAUAGAGUAUCAUCGAAAUUUUGAGGAAUCCAAGUCGCAGUUUACGUAUGUUACAGACACACCUGUCAUGAAAACACAGCUGACCAAUACAAAGAACGUCAGUUUGAUUGAGUACCACAGGGAUUUUGAAAAAUCCAAGUCUAAAUAUACUCAAGUUGCUGAUACACCAGAGAUACAAAAAUACCUAGAAAACUCCAAAUUUGUCAGUUUGAUUCAGUAUCAGAAGGACUUCACGGAGACCCGUGGCAGUUGUUACCAAGUCCCAGACACGGUAGAAAUGAAAACGCACCGUCGUAACAUGGAAAAUGUCAGUGCGAUUAAAUACCAUGCUGAUUUUGAGAAGAUGAAGGGUAAGAAGCUGACAGUAGUAGAUGAUCCUGAAACCAUGCGCAUCAAACAAAACACGGCCAUACAGAGCAACGUAGAAUACCACAAAGUCAGGGAUCAGCUCAGCGACAUGGAGCAGCGACGCCCAGACCGUGAGGCCAGAGAGGGCCCUACUCGUACUCAGCCUGGGAAAAUUACCGAUUACGAACCCGAGACUAAUGCCGGAGGUACCCCCUACUCCAUGAGAAAUUCCCAAGCCCGUGUCGUAUAUGACUCCAACAUUGGUAAAGAUUUGGAGGGUCCAGGUGUUCAGGAGGUGGAGGAUGCCCCAAGCCGUCGUGUUGGAUCAAUUUCUGAUUAUGACCCAUUGAACAAUCAAUUUGGAUCCAUCGGCAGAUACAGUGGAGGAGAUCCUGCACAUGAACCUCCACGUGGAUACCAGCAACCACCCCCUCAGAGUUACCAGCAGCCACCCCCUCAGAGUUACCAGCAACCACCCCCUCAGAGUUACCAGCCCCCUCCCCCUCAGAGUUACCAGCCCCCUCCCCCUCAGCCCGCUGCUGCCUCAGAAGGGAUGGUGUGUAAAGCUAUGUAUGAUUACACGUCGGCUGAUGCAGACGAGGUCUCCUUCCAGGAGGAUGACCUCAUCAUCAACUGUCAGCCAAUCGAUGAGGGCUGGAUGGAGGGUACAGUGAAGAGAACAGGUCAGCGUGGAAUGCUGCCCUCCAAUUACGUUGAGCAAGUCAACUAGGAGAGAAAAAAAACAAACAAUUAGGAUUCAAUUUAUCAAAGUUAUUAUGAAAGUUAAUUGUUAUUUCUGAAAUGUUAGCUUUUUAUAAAGUUACCUCCCUUUUACGUAUGUCUGUGUAUUACGCUGCUCUAUGUUUUAUAGUACUUGUAUUUUUAAAAGUAGGUUUUUGGAUUUAUUUUUUUUUUUGGUUUUUUUUUUUUUCUGUCAUGCCAAUCCAUGCUUUAAUUCUUAAAUUAAAUCUUGUAAUUUCUGUUGAAGAAUGGUUUUUCCUUAGAAAAAAGAAGGGGGUUUCUCGUUUCCAUUGAAAUUUUUAGAUAUGCAAUACUGCAGUAUUAUAUAUGGAUCAAAAUGGGUUCUCUGUCCAUGAGUCAUGUUCACAGAGUCUUCUUGGUGAAGGACAAGAUAUAUGUAAGUGAUUGAAUGUCAUUCUUCCUUAAACACAGGGAGUUUACAAUAUGGUGCAAUCUGAAACAGACUACUUUUGUAUCUUAACUGAAACCUGGUGAUAUUCAUUAGUAUAUAUUGUGUAAUUACACCGGUACAUGCAUCAUCUCAAGCCACGGUCCGGAGUCUGCAUACAGGAAAGGAUCAUACAUUUUGACCGUGGUUUGCGAUAAUGUGGUACAUUUUGAUUUCAAGUGAUUGCUAGGAAUAAUAUAAACUAAAUUGAAAGACUUUCCCCUAUAUGCAUGCUCUUAUUUAUACAUGUUUUCAUUGCAAAUUUUUGAAAGCUUUGUUGGUCUGUAAAUUGCCAGUAAAUUAUAUUUUGAAGCCAAAUAUGUUGGAACAAAUUGAUUAUGCCUGCACUGCGGAAUGACCAGUGUUGAUGCGCUCUGGAAUGUUGAUAAUCUACGAAGUGGAUCGCAUUGUCACCUAUUAUCGCCAUACUAGUAUUUGCACAUAAUUUUUUUUUUUCAUAACCAGUGUAACUAUUUGUAAAAUUCAAUAUUUUUAUUGGUGAUUUUUAUCUUAGCCAAAGAUGCAGUUUUUGAUUAUUACAUUACAGAAUUCUAGUUGAAACACUUAACAUGGCAAAACUUCUCUGUCAAUACAGUUUAUUGAUUUUCUAUUAUUCAAAACGAUUGAUACCCAAAAUAUGCAUCACAAAUGUUAAUAAGUAAUGUUCAUAAGUAAUGUCAAUGUAAUACUUGGAAAUAUGAUAUGAAAAAAUAGUUUAUGAAUUUGCAAUUGUCAGUGACUGUCUCACCGACAUAGAUAGCCAUGCCUGAGAUCGUUGAUUUUAGUAAUCAGAUACUGCCUGUAAAUAUCUACAGAAUAUUGAUUUGCUUGUUUUUAAGUACUGAAUACUGAUUAAAGUGUUAUGUAGAUAUUUUAUCACAA